CCGAUAAAAUUUUGAUGCGCCUACCGAAAACCGCCAAUAUAAUCUGGUCACACUGCCGACUGUACAAUUGUCAAUUUGCCGAAUUCGUCCAAAACAAGACUCAGCCGUAUCUCUGCCGCACGAUGUUCAAGAAGUUUGACGAAAAAGAAAGCGUCUCGGGGGUUCAGCAACUGAAGUCCUCGGUGCAGAAAGGCAUCCGGGCCAAGCUGAUUGAGCAGUUUCCCACCAUCGAAAAUCACAUCGAUCUAGUUUUACCGAAGAAAGAUGCUUUCCGGAUAGUUAAGUGUCACGACCAUAUUGAGCUGCUAAUCAAUGGCGCAGGCGAGCAGGUUUUCUUCCGUCACAGAGACGGACCAUGGAUGCCGACGUUGAAGCUGUUCCAUCGGUUUCCAUUCUUCCUGCCGAUGGAGCAGGUGGACAAGGGUGCGAUCCGGUUCGUACUAAGCGGAGCCAACAUUAUGUGCCCCGGGCUGACGUCACCGGGUGCGUGCAUGACCAAGGUGGAGAAGGGAACGGUUGUGGCGAUAAUGGCCGAAGGCAAGCAGCACGCGCUGGCCAUCGGAUUGACCGCCAUGUCGACCGAUGAUAUUGCCAAAGUAAAUAAGGGCGUUGGUGUGGAAAAUUGCCACUAUCUCAACGACGGAUUGUGGCAGAUGAAACCGAUUAAAUAAAACACGUCCUAAAAGGGCUUUUCGAUUGCUGUGUUUUACACGAAA